AUGGUAGAAUCCAAAGACCGCAGCCCUAAGCCAAGCGGCUUCUUGAAGCUUCCCAGCAGGUGCUGCCCUGCGGGGCUCUGUGCGGAGCUCGCCCAUUGGCAGCGCUUUGGGCAAAGAGACUGCUGUCAUUGCACAUGGCCCGAUGCUAUUGGCGGAGAGGCGGGCCGUGCCAGCGGACUGCGGUCGAUUGGGCAGAAGCGGGGAGGAGGGACCCUUCUGCCGCGGCCACCGACCCGUGCGCAAAGCUGGGCGCUGCGUCCCGACUGCCUUGCCCCUGCUGCCCGGUGCGGGCUCCCCAGGGGGCGAGCACAGGCAGUCAGGAACAACGGAACGUUGAUUGUGGCUGGUGGACUGUGCUCUGGUUGCCUUCUCCUUGGCAUAAAGAUGGCUUUACCCUGGUUGAGGGUCCUGUCUGCCCCUCCCUUAUUUCUGCUGCUGCUUCUGUGGGUUCCAGGCCCAGGAACUUCACAGCAAGAGCCCUGUCAGACCUGCCGGGAUCUUACAAGCAACUUCAAUAAGGGUCUGGAGCGGACACAGCGAGACAACUUCGGGGGCGGGAACACAGCCUGGGAAGAAGAGAAGCUUGCAAAAUAUGCAAACAGUGAGACUCGCCUGCUGGAGGUGCUGGAGGGCGUGUGCGCCACAUCGGACUUUACCUGCCACCAGCUGCUGGAGCAGAGCGAAGAGCACGUGGAGCGCUGGUGGUUCCAUGAGCAGCAGCAGCACCCCGACUUUUUCCAAUGGCUCUGUAUGGACACAUUGAAACUCUGCUGUUCCCCUGGCACCUAUGGCCCCGAUUGCCACAUCUGCCCGGGGGGUGCCCAGAAGCCCUGCAGUGGGUACGGGCAGUGUGACGGUGAUGGCACACGUGGGGGCACUGGCCUGUGUAUGUGCCAGACUGGCUACGGGGGGCCCUUCUGUUCUGAGUGUGGAGAUGGCUACUAUGAAGCAGCUCGCAACGACAGCCACCUGGUAUGUGCGGAGUGCUAUCCGGCCUGUGGACGCUGCUCUGGCCCCGAAGACUCAAGUUGCCUCCGCUGCAAGAGGGGUUGGAUGCUGCAUGAUCGCAGAUGCAUUGACAUAGAUGAAUGUGGCACAGAUAUGGCGCACUGUCGUGCCAACCAGUUUUGCGUCAACACGGAAGGUUCCUACGAAUGCCGAGACUGUGCCAAGGCCUGCAUUGGUUGCAUGGGUGCUGGGCCUUCCCGCUGCAAGAAGUGCAACAAGGGCUACCAGCGUGAGGGAGUCAAGUGCCUGGAUGUGGAUGAGUGUGCUGGUGAAGCUGAGGAACCCGUCUGCACUGGUGCCAAUGAAAUCUGUGAGAACACCGAUGGCAGCUAUCGGUGUGUUUGUGCAGAGGGACAUGUGCGCGAAGAGGGAAUGUGUGUGGAAGACAAGCCCCCAGAUGCUCCUGAGAAGGGCUUCUUCGAUGACAUCACAGACGACGAGGUGGUUGUGCUGCAGCAGAUGUUCUUCGGUGCCAUAAUCUGUGCCCUGGCUACGCUAGCUGCCAAAGGAGACAUGGUCUUCACGGCCAUUUUUAUUGGCGCUGUGGCUGCUAUGGCUGGCUACUGGCUAUCGGAGCGCAGUGAUCGCGUGCUCGAUGGUUUCAUCAAAGGCAGAUAGUGUGUGGCAAAAUGAACAUUCUCUUCUUUUGCUUCCUUCCUCAGAGAGCCAGCUGGUGGGCAGGAAUUCCUUGUCCUCCGUGCCCCGGCAGGUCUUUUAAAUCCAAAGGAGAGAGGUGGAAAGGGCCCAUCUUAUAUCCCAGUCUGAGCUGAGGGGGAGCCUCAUGCCAACAUGGUGUGGAAAGGUAGAAAUGGGACAAGGGCCUACCAGUUGUAUGUGAAGAGAGGAGAAUUCCUGACAGGAACUAGCAUGGAAUGUUCAUUCCCCUCAAGGUGUGAGAGGUCUUGCCCAGGUCUCUGUCAGUGGGCCAGGAGAAUGCUGCCUUUGGCUGCCCAGUCUUCAUAUAACAGGAAUGAUCUCAAAAGUGUUCCUACCUGUGAGCUUUGAAUCUUCACGUGUUGGUCAACUGCUGUUGGCCAGGCUAAGGUUGGAUCAUUCCAAAAGAAAACGUGAGCUGGGUGGGCAUGGAACCACUCCUUGCUGGCUCUUUGAGGGGCUGUCCCUUGGGUUGAGAGCAGGUCCUACACAUUAUGUGGAUCGAAGCUGGGAAAAUUUUAGAUUAUAUCAUCCAAGGCUGGCAGUGGGGGUGUUGUAUUUUUGAAUGAUCUCCCCUUCUUAAAAUGUGGCGAACGAGUGGCAAGUACCUACAUACAGUGAUUUUUUUUUAGGCAGGGGAGCUUUCAAAGAUAGAUUCACCCUCCUGCGCAUCCUGCAGGGGUCUUUCCCCGCUCUGUCUACUGCCUCGCUGUGUAGAAUCCUGCCACUGGCGGUGGUGUAGGACAGAGGAAGCCUCCGGGGCAUGCAUGACCAUCCUCGCCCCUUUGCAUUUGUCCACUCACAGCACUGUUUGUCCAUCCGUAUCUCAGGAAAAUUAAAGGACUCUGUACACAUCUUU